UCUGCCUGUGUAAGAGGAAGUGUGCCUUUCCUGCCAGGGGAGGGUCCUGGAUUAGUUCAGCUCUGUCUGUCUUGUACUCAAUGCUCAGCUGAUAACAGCUGCUGAAGGAUGCAUUGUAGCUAGACCGACUUCCCGGCUAUCCCUCAGUUUUGAAGGCUGCUGUGGUUGAUGUUUGGAGGCCGCACUGGAGUGCACGAGGAGGAAUUGUGCUCUGUGUCAUUGUGCAUGAGAAGGAGGAGCUGAGAAGAGGGGGGAUAUUAAUUUCACUAAAGCUGGUGAUUUGUUGUUUUGGCGAGAAGAAAAAAGCUGAGUAACGGAGCCAGAAAACGAACUUGUGUCAAGCCAAAUGGCCUGAGAGAUGUACAAGCUUUAAUGCAGCAUGUCCAUUGGAGCAAGGCACCCAGAGGCAGAGACAGGAUUGGUCCCAAGUGUUCAAGACUUUGACAAGAAGUUAGCUGAAGCUGAUGCCUACCUGCAGAUUCUGAUUGACCAGUUAAAGCUGUUUGAUGAGAAGAUCAAGGACUGCAAAGAGGAUGAAUCACGCAGAAAAAUUGAGAAUUUGAAACAAACUACUUGUAGUAUGGUAGAGUCCAUAAAGCACUGUAUUGUACUGCUGCAAAUUGCAAAGGACCAAAGUAACGAACAACAACACGCAAACGGACUUAUAAGCACCAUCAACCCAGUGGAUGGGAUCUACCAGCCCCCCCUGGACACUCCUGUAGUCAACAGCACCAUGCCAACGCAGACCACACUACCUACAGACGCUUCUCAGGUGUGUAAAUCAGACCAACGACCUUCCACAUUACCUGUUGGUCCUGUCGUCACAGUUAUGGGCAGUCUGCAGACCCCUACUCCCAACAGUACAGGGAGUGGCCCAUCAGGCCCCAGCAGCGGCGUCGCCUCCCCAGCUCUAAUCCCCCUCCCCUCGCACUCAGUGCCAGACUUCUCCUACUCCUCCAGUGAGGACGAGUUCUAUGACGCUGAUGAAUUUUACCAGAGCAGCACUUCCCCCAAGCACUGCAUAGAUUCCUCAGGGCCUUCAGCUGCCUCGCCCCUUGCAAAUCAAGAAACAGCGUUGAAACGGCCCGACACCACCGAGUCCCUCAGCUCAUCCAUGUCUAACGGAACUACAGAUGCAGAUCCAUUUGACAGCCAUGAUGACCGUGACGAUGACGGCGAGGGCGAGUCAGUGGAAGAGCACAAAAGCGUCAUCAUGCAUCUUCUCUCUCAAGUUCGUUUGGGUAUGGACCUCACAAAGGUGGUUCUGCCUACAUUUAUUCUUGAGAGGAGAUCCUUGUUAGAAAUGUAUGCAGACUUUUUUGCACAUCCAGACUUGUUUGUGAGUAUUGCUGAGCAGCCAGAGCCCAAAGAGCGCAUGGUUCAGGUGGUGAAGUGGUACCUGUCAGCUUUCCAUGCAGGAAGGAAAGGCUCAGUGGCCAAGAAGCCAUACAACCCAAUCCUGGGUGAAGUCUUCUACUGCCACUGGGACCUUCCCGUCGAGACGGAGGAGCUGUCUCCACCCAUGGAGACUGUAUCAGAUGGCCCAGUUCCCUGGUCGUCACCCAACAGUGUGUGUUUUGUGGCAGAGCAGGUCUCUCACCACCCACCCAUUUCUGCAUUCUACGCAGAGUGUUUAAGUAAGAAGAUCCAGUUUAAUGCUCACAUCUGGACCAAGUCUAAGUUUCUAGGCAUGUCCAUAGGUGUCCACAACAUUGGGCAAGGCUGUGUGUCAUGUUUGGAGCAUGAUGAGCAUUAUAUUCUUACAUUUCCAAAUGGAUACGGAAGGUCUAUUCUGACUGUGCCGUGGGUGGAGCUGGGUGGAGAGUGCAACAUCUCCUGCUCAAAGUCUGGCUACAGUGCAAACAUCGUGUUUCAUACCAAGCCUUUCUAUGGAGGAAAGAAGCACAGGAUCACUGCUGAGAUUUUUGCACCAAAUGACAAGAAGUCUUUCUGCUCCAUCGAAGGAGAAUGGAACGGAGUGAUGUACGCCAAAUGGACAACUGGAGAGAACACAGUGUUCAUAGACACUAAGAGGAUGGGCAUCAUCAAGAAGAAAGUGAGGAAGCUGGAAGAUCAGCUGGAGUACGAGUCCCGAAGACUGUGGAGAGAUGUGACGGUAAACCUGAAGCUAAAAGACAUCGAUGCAGCAACGGAAGCCAAACACCGGUUGGAGGAGAAACAGAGAGCUGAAGCCAGAGAGCGAAAGGAGAACGAGCAGCAGUGGGAGACCAGGCUAUUCCAUGAAGAUGGAGAGUGUUGGGUCUACGACGAACCGCUAUUAAAGAGAUUUGCCUCUCAGAGGCAGUGAGAAGACGCCGCCACACUCUAAUAAACACACAUACAUAUGCAUAAAGAAAUGCACACCGAUCAGAGUCUUCAUAAGAACUCUUUUGCAAAACCACUUCUUAUCCAAGCCUUGAUAUGACUGAUGAUUGAAGAUGUACACUGCUUAGCAUUUGACUGUAAAACAAUAUGGAAAUGAAUGAAAAGCCUCUAAGAUGUAAUAUGAAUAUUAGUAAAGCUCCUCCCCUUAUUUGGGCAAUCUUACUUCCACCACCAUCGAGACCCACCACCUGCCAACAUGAGACUCGGCAGCACAGGGUGGAGUCAGGAGAGCCGACGCAACUCGUCUCUCGACUCCUUCCAUUAGCUUAACCACCACACCAUCCAGCAGCUCCCUGGGCAGCACUGAGCAGUACUCGUUUCCCCACACACAUGCUUUUAUUGGGAGGGGGAGGCAAGAGGUCUGUGGUUGAUGUUCAGUUCAAGUCAAGCUUGAAGAGUAAAACUGUGCUCUACAUCUCAGGGAAUCUGGUGACUGAGGAAAGAAAGCUGCUGCCCCCUCCCAGAGUCUGACAGCCUUAUAACGGUGGACCGGAUGAAUCUUUAAGGGGCGGGAGAGAAGUUCUCUGCUUGCCUGCGACUAGUUGUAACUGUUGUUUAUAUAUAGAUAUACAUAUAAUGGAUAUAUAUUCUUUUUUUAUUUUAUUUUCAAUGCUCUUUUUGUUUAUUUUUCUUUCUGGCAAUAGUGUAAAAUAUUUGAGGAUAUGAAUUUGAUGGCUUUAUUUACAUCUUUAGGAAUCAUUCCAUGUUAGUCGUUCAGUGUUUUCCUCCCAUUUCUGAGUUAAAUUUUCCACACUUUAGAUAAUUCACAUUGUUCUGUGUCUCCAGUGUUAAUUCAGAGGCUAAGUCCUUGGUAAGCCAUAGCAUCUAAACUCACACUGAUUGAAAGAGUUGUGAUUGAUUUAUAAAUAUAUGCAAUACAGAUAAAUUUAAUUUACAUUGCUGGUCAAAGGAAAAAUUUUAGUGUCCAAUAUGCCAAAAAAUGUUAAGAGAAAAAGGUUAAAGGGACUUUCAUUAGGACAGACAAUAGUUCGCUGAGAAGUCUCCGUUUUAGCUGAAGGCAUUUAUGAACAAAUGAUUGUUUACAUGUUGUUUUUUUGUGUUUCCUGGCGGUUGGUCAUUGUGAAUUGGGAAUCUCCUAUUUGUUUUGCAAAUCACUCCAUACUUGUUUCCUCUCUGGCAUUGGCCAGUCACCUUGGUCUUCAGUCUAAAGGGUGAAGAGACUGAAAGUGAGGAAUCAAGAGGAGAUCUUGGAAGCACUGCUGCAGUUUCACAGUGCUGCAUCAAGCCCGACUGUUCAGUCCUCGUGUGAUUUUUUUUUUCUUCUGUUUUUUUAUGUUUUCCUAAAUUCUGAACAACAUAGAGGGUGAUAUUUAUCCUGCUGUACACCUUUGCUUCAUUAAAUUCACUUUCUCAUUUACAGCUAUAUAAAGUGGGCCUAAAUACAAUAUUUGAAUGAAACAAACAAAUAAAAUAUUUUCACCUGAAAAUGCUGUAGCAAGUCAAUGCAGACCCUCUUGUUGUCUUUGUGUGGAUAACAUUCAACAGUUGUUUCAUGAUGUCU